AUGUGUGGCAAUGGCAUCCGCUGUCUGGAAAAGUUCAUCGCGGACGUCACCGACUCACACGACACCCAAACGUACACCCCUCUCCUUUCCCCUCGCGCUCUCUCACUCGCUCCAUACUCCUAUGGUGCCUUGGUCACGUCUCGGCCUCUCAGUUACGUCUCUCCUCUUACUCCUUCCCACUCCCCUCUACCCAUCCCCAUGCCCCCGGCAUAUUGA